AUGGCGUUCUCUCCUCGGUCUGGGACAACUUUUGGGUUACCUCAAAGAAACGAUCGUCCUUCAGAGCUUGCGUUUGAUUUAAACAGCUUCGUUCGCCAAGCUCCGUACGAUGAACGAGAUAAACCAAUGAACACAGCCCAACACAGACUAUGGCUGGACAUGUCUCACCUCCACACGUCGACGAUGCAACAAAUCGAUGAGAAAUACAACAGCAACAUGUGGAAAAAUUUCAAGUUUGUUCGCCCCAGGCACAGUGCCAACUACGGGAAACAAAGCUCCCCUGAAGCUUCUAGAGGCUUGAUCGCGGAAAUCUAUCCAUUAACAUUGCCCAAGCCCUCGAGCAUCGGCGAAAAUACCUAUCACAAAUUCCUACAGGGAACGAAAUUACCUAAAAACAAACACAAAAUCGUCGGAUGGCAGAAACAAGGAAAGGAACAUUUUCAGUCAAGGAUUUUAAAAGUGAAGAGCGAAUGUAGAGCUCCUCCGAUUGAUUGGGAGGGUAAUAUACUGCCUCCAACAAAUUACAAGAGAUACCCGAGACCUCAAAGUGAUUUUUCUAACAAUGAUUGGCAAUAUUUAUACCCAUCCUACAGUUCACCAGCUCCUAGUAAAAUGCAGUACACAUUGCCAGACUCGCCGUAUUCUCGACAAGGAACACCGUGGCGUUAUGGACUACGUGUUAGAAGACCUAUAAUCGAAUGA